AUGAAGGCGACCCAUGCUGGUGAUGACGAGGAUGAGGAGGAUGAAGGAGCAAAAGUGCCCCUUCUGGAAACUCGGAGAUAUGAUGACAAUUUGUGUGUGUCUGGGUCAGGUUCGCUUGGCUCCCCGCGCACCGGCCGCUCCUCACGCCGGCCGCCGCCGAACGAGGUUGCAUCCCGAGGAGUAUAUGACAAAAUGGACAGUGUCACGUUGUCAGCCGUCAGUGUACCGCCCCCUGGAUCACCACGUCGCACACGGCCGUCCAGUGGGCAGACCGCCGCUAAACGCCAGAAGCGCGUCAAGCAGGUGGAUGUGGACGCUGAGCUGCUGCAGGAGGGCCGUGCGUGGGUACGACAGAAGCGGCGCGAACUUGGGCGCCAAACCUUGGCUGUGGAAGUCCUGGACGUCGUGUCCACGCAUCUCCUCUUGCGCCAUCAGGCAUGGCUGGCCUCGAAACGGCCAGGCCGACCGCCCAAGCACGAUUGGGCUCGCGAAGUCGGACAAGCCCUCGGGCGCCGAAGCAACCUCUGCAGCCGCGCCUGGCAAGCCUUUGUGGAGACUCGGGAGCUCUAUCUUCCAUCCGCACUCACUGGACCGCGUGGGUAUCAGCCCCGACGCAUCCCGCGCACCAAAGCCUUGCGUGUCGCGAUCCGCAACUUCCUUUUCGAGAAGGAAAGCCGGGGCGAACGGGUGGUUGCAGACACCCUGACCAGCUUCCUCUGCGACAACGGCUUCAUGCCACCGCACCUGCGCGAAGUGGGCGGCAAGCAGCGGCUCGCUGUCCAGCGCUGCGUGCAGCGCCUCAUCAACGAUCUGGGCUUACGCGGUCGGCGUCAAGGCACCAUCAAGAAACACCGCCGCAUUGUGUACAUGGAUGAGAGCUAUAUCCACCACCACUACCGACCCCAACACGACACACUCCACGACCCCGAGGAGACACGUGAAACAACACCCUUGCUGCACAAGGGCCAACGCUACUGCUUCAUCGGCGCCAUCAUUGGCGCCGACCCCAACGUGCCCGAGGCCGAGCGGUGCGAGGAGCACCACGCUCAACUGCUCAGCAACACAGUCCAGAUCUUCACCGGUGGGAAGCAGAGCGAGGAGACCAAGGACUAUCACGACACGUUUAAUGCUGAUUAUUUUGCGACGUGGAUGGAUGUGCUGCUUGCAGAGCUGGCGCGCAUGGGGGUUCAGAACGCCAUCAUCGUUAUGGACAAUGCCAAAUACCACAAGUCCUUGCCAGCAUCCACCCCGCGACGGUCGCAGAAGAAGGACGAUCUAGUCGCUGCCUGCCGUCAGUUGGGCCUGGACGUGGAUGGUAGCCAGACCAAGCAGGCCAUUUGGGCGCAGGUCGAGCCUUGGAUCCGAGCCAACAUCCUGCCCGUGGCCGUGACCAAGGCCGUCGCAGCGGGACAUGAGGUGCUCUUUUCUCCACCACACUACUCGGACCUUCAGCCGAUGGAGCUGAUCUGGGCUCAGGUGAAAGGCCGGGUAGGCCGGACGUACCACACAAAGCGAACCUUUAUUCAGGUCAAGGCGGCGUUACAGGCGUCAUUCCGGGACCUGAGCAAUGACGACGUGGCUGCCUGCAUUGACCACUCGUGGAAAAGGCUCGAGAAGCUCAACCACCUGCUCCAGCGCAUCGCUGACGCCGAGGGUGCCGGAAGUGACAGUGACAGCGACGACGUGUCGGACAGCGAGGCCGAGGAGGGUUUUCCACCUGGCCACGCGGCGGGGCAGUCUGACGGCACCCAAGUGUCCGACGACGCGUCUGCAAGCGACGCAGAGGACGAGUAA